GUUGUUUCGAGUCAAAAAUUUAUAAGCGUUACACGAAAAAAAUUACUUCAUUAACAACGAAAAAAACAACAGAAAAACAGCGUAAAACGAACUUCCCUCGAAAAUUUAAGUCGAAAUAAAGUGAUAAAUUAAUUAUGCUUUCACUGAAGUUUUAAUUAAUUUUUUAUUAUAUAUUUUUUAAAGUAAUUGGGAAUAAUUUUCAGAAAACAAAAUGUCUACUCCAGCUCGUCGAAGAUUAAUGAGAGAUUUCAAACGGUUACAAGAUGACCCUCCCACUGGCGUUAGUGGUGCACCUUCUGAAAACAAUAUAAUGUUAUGGAAUGCUGUAAUAUUUGGGCCUGAUGAUACACCAUUCGAAGGAGGUACCUUUCGGUUGACAAUGGAGUUCACAGAAGAAUACCCUAACAAGCCACCAAUAGUCAAGUUUAUAUCAAAAAUGUUUCAUCCGAAUGUUUAUGCUGAUGGCGGUAUAUGCUUGGAUAUAUUACAAAAUAGGUGGAGUCCAACAUAUGACGUAUCAUCAAUAUUAACUUCAAUUCAAUCUUUGCUCGACGAGCCAAACCCAAAUAGUCCAGCCAAUAGCUUAGCUGCUCAAUUAUAUCAAGAAAAUAAGAGAGAGUACGAAAAGAAAGUUCAAGCCAUUGUUGAACAAAGUUGGCAAAACACUUAAGAUAUAAUUUCUUACUACUUAAUUAAAUAUUUUUAAAUGCUA